UGGCUCUUCUCCCUCUUCCUCUUCAUCUCACUCCUCUCCUUUUGAUCUUCCCUAGCGCCGAGAAAGUUGGCUUGAAUUGGCCUCGCCACUAUGAGAGAUCUGUACCCAAGCACGGUUCCCAUCAAGUAUGAUCCGGACGGCAACGCCCAAGCGUACGUUGGUAACAGCAUCAUCUGCCCACUGUCGCCAUCAAGUCUUCUCUAUGGAUCCCUGCUCGACCUCCAUGAGAAGCUGCGAAACAGCAGCCUUUCACAUCUCUUCGCGAAAGAUGCCCUGAUGGAGCCAGCACACUGGCACGUGACUGUCUUCAUCGGCGCCCGCGACAAGAUCCGCAGCAAGGGCUACUGGCCCAAGGACGUGCCAUCGGACAUGCCGCAAAACGAGGUUCUCGAGCUCCUGACGGACAAACUCGGGAAAUUCGACUUGCAGUGCGACCCGCCGUACAGAAUGAGGGUCAGCGGGCCAGGCCAUACCAAUUACAGCGUUAGUAUAUACCUCACGCCCGAGACCGCGGAGGAAGAGGAGAGGUUGAAGGACCUGCGGAAUAGGCUUUCGGACCACCUGGGCAUCCGCCAUCCAGAACACGACAGGUUCAAGUUCCACUUGACCCUGGCGUACCUGCUAAGGUGGUUGGACGAUGGACAGAAACAGGAGCUGGACGCCCUCUUGCAAGAGCAUUUCAAGACCAUGCCAGCCCAGGUGGAGCUAGGCGGGCCGACGUUCUGUACGUUCCAGGAUAUGAAGGCUUGGAAGCCGGUACUUCAGCUGAAGACUCUCUGACGACGGCGCGCCCCAGCGUAUGGUCCGGGUUGUCCAAGAGAAUCAGCGAGCGUACAAGAUGGGGUGAUGCUAGAUGUCCACCAGUUGCUCGGCAGACAUCCUUUAUUCUAACGUACAUACCGCAUAAAUUCGGAGGGUGUACUACGCGAAGGGGGUCUAAUGUGCAGGGGGUCUACAAAUGGGUUAUUUUCUUCCACAAGCCACAUUUUCCCUAUCAAAGUGGCCUUGCUAGUAAGAAAAGAGGACUUUUAUUGUAAGAAACGCCCCUAAAAGAGGGGAGGAUUUGCAUAUCCGAAACCGUG